AUGGCCAACCUAGCGUCGACGUAUAGGAACCAGGGCCGAUGGGAGGAGGCGGAGCAUCUUGACGUGCAGGUCAUGGAGACUCGCAAGAUGAAGCUCGGCGUGGAUCAUCCUUCCACGCUGACGAGUAUGGCCAACCUAGCGUCGACGUAUAGGAACCAGGGCCGAUGGGAGGAGGCGGAGCAUCUUGACGUGCAGGUCAUGGAAAUGAGCAAGACGAAGCUCGGCGUGGACCAUCCUCACAUGCUGACGAGCAUGGCCAACCUAGCGUCGACGUAUAGGAACCAGAGCCGAUGGGAGGAGGCGGAGCAUCUUGACGUGCAGGUUAUGGAAAUGAGCAAGACGAAGCUCGGCGUGGAUCAUCCUCACACGCUGACGAGUAUGGCCAACCUAUCGUCGACCUUUUGGAACCAGGGCCGAUGGGAGGAGGCGGAGCAUCUUGACAUGCAGGCCAUGGAGACUCGCAAGACCAAGCUCGGCGUGGACCAUCCUCACACGCUGACGAGCAUGGCCAACCUAGCGUCGACGUAUAGGAACCAGGGCCGAUGGGAGGAGGCAGAGCAGCUCGAGAUGCAGGUUAUGGAGACUCGCAAGACGAAGCUCGGCGUGGAUCAUCCUUCCACGCUGACGAGUAUGGAAAACCUCGCUUUCACCUGGAAAUCUUCAGGUCAUAAUACCAGAGCCCUCAAAUUACUACGCGAUUGCCUGGCAAAGCAGAAGCAAAUACUUGGCCCCAAUCACCACCACACCUUAUCUAAUUCUGAAACCUUGCUGGAAUGGGAAACGGAGGAGUUGGGUUUCACUACAUAG